CAGCAUCCAUUCGCAAGGUAGAUCUACACCGUAAUCAUUGCAUGGUAAAAAGUUCACGCUAGCAUGGUUAGCGAGUAUGCGAGGAUAACAAAGUUCCCAGGACAGGAGAUAGGAGUUCCCAUUGUACUCUACGGGAGCGAUAUGGCUUUUCGGACAUGAUUUCAGGACUAAAAUCACCUGAUUGAAUGAGGAGUCUUUGGGACGACCACUCGCUAUCUGGAGGGAAAUGAAUGAGCCGUCCAUUCUGCGUGAUGCGUUCGGCCACUACAUUCCCUUGCGAUUUGGAUUGUGGACGCGCUCUAGAAGAGAAAGAAUCCACCGGCGAGCUGACAUUGUCCAUGCCCAUGGUGAAAACAUCGCCAGGGAGCAUGGCACAAUUUCUUCGUCACCUUCAGAAGCUGUGCGAGGGAGCAGAGGAUUGGUUGAGGGAAAACGCCUCACCGACGAGGAGCGCAAGAAUGCGAGAAUCCACGCACAGAACACACUGGUGACGAUGCUGUCAGCGUUGCUGAUCUGCACACCGCUGUACGGUCUCCAGUACUUGGAGAGCUCGAUCAAUGCUGUGGGUGGUUUGGGAGAGAUCUGCUAUGCGCUCCUGUAUGUACCAGCGUUGUUUAGUGUAACAUUGCUGGGACCAUUGCUUGCACACCGCCUGGGCAUCUAUCGUGUUCUGCAACUCUCGCUGGUCCCGUUCGUCAUACUCACAACUUCGCAUUUCAAGAUCGUCCCUGGGUAUUUUCUGACGACGUGCGCCAUGGUUGGCAUGGUGAAUAUGAUGCUCGGUUCCGCCAUGGUCCAAGUGGCGAACAUUGGCGCCACAGAAUACGCCGCCAUAUAUGGCAUUGGUGCGGAGCGCGUCAGUCCGCGUUUCAACAGCAUUGUGUACAGCGGGAUAGGAGGGGCCACUCUAACUGGUUCGCUCGUUUCAUCACUCGUCCUGCACAACUCCAAGAGCGUGCCGUCGGCGGAGUACUCAAGACCUCUCUGGGAUUCGGGACAGUGCAAUUUCCCAGUGGAAACGCUAGUCAUCUCUGGAGAAGAUCGCAAGUUGCUGUUAUCAGUCUACCUGGUGGCUGGUGUACUCGGCGUGCUGAUCUCACUUCUCCUGCGUAAACCUUCAAAAACCACCAUCAAGGCCAAGUUAGCAUCAUCCACGGUGUGGCAACAAGUCACCGCUACGCUACGUCUGGUGGGCGACAUCGACUUGCUACUCCUGAUCCCAACAUUCUUUGCAAUAGGUUUGGAGAAGGAACUCUUGGGAGGCAAUAUUACUUCGUUCUUCAUAACACCAUGCCUCGGCGUGGCAUACGUUGGCUACUCGAUUGUGUGCUACAGCGCAGCAAAUUUCCUGACCCUGCUGGUGGUUUCGACGGCGAUGAAGCAUACAAACAAGGCCGUCAUUGUUGUCUGCGCAAUGCUGGUCCAGUCGAGCGUUCUCUUGACGCUGCUGUUGUGGCAACCGACAGGGAACGCUCCACUGCUCUUUGGACUGGUGGCAGCAUGGGGAGCUGUUGACGCAAUGUGGAUUGUACCGGUGACAGUUAUUUUGGGAGCAUCGUUUGCUCGUGACCAGGAGGCUGCCUCUGCGAACUACAAGCUGUUUCAGGGGACGGCGACGGGUGUGGCUGCGUUCUACAGCCAGAGGAUAGGCCGCUGCACUGGUGAGCUGCGUGUCAAGUUCGUAUACCACAUCUUAAUGUCAGUGCUAGCCGCACUAUUGUUCUGCAUCGCUGAGUGGAGGCUGAUACAGCGACGGCGGCGGUGGCAGGGCAAGGAGAUACGGUGCAAAGAACAGAGGGAAAGCUUUGAGUUGCACGCAGUAACUGAACGAGACAGGGUGUAGCUGAUCGGAAAGAUUAAUCAAGCCACUUUUAAAAGUCUUUUCAAUGACUAGAGUGCCUUCCUAGCUGGUGCAAAAAAUUGAUUGUGUGUGUGUGUGUGUGUGUGUGUGUGUGUGUGUGUGUGUGUCCCGAUUGUUCUUGAUACCAUUGCACAAUGUGGAAUUCUCUACUGAACUCUUGUCUGCCUAGGGAGCCUUAGAAUUUCUACGAAAACUGAGAAAUGUAAUGUCCCACUAGGCCUGUUUCAAAGAUAUUUCUUAUCGAUUUUUUUCUUGAUGAAGUUGAUUUUACUCAUUGAACCCAUGUUGAGUUACUUCAUUCACGAGCAUAGGAAAAGAAACACUGUUCUAGUGGGGUAAACUUUGCUCGCUAAGCGCCGUAAAAAUUAAUUAUAUGAAGUAACUUGUUCACCCAGUUUGUUCCUUGCCAUUUCACAACAGUGCAGUACUUUUACUUGUACUCGUUGAGCGCCUUUGAUGAUUGUUGCGUUAAUAUUUUAUUAUCACGAGAUGUUCUGUUGUGCAUGUAGUUGGAUGAUCUGGCAAGCGGGCUGGUAGUGCUCUGUAUUAGUACUAAGUGUAUAGGCAGCCAGCGGAUUGGUAGCUGUACCAUGCAUUAAUUCAGCUGCGCUCAUAAUAAUCACCUGCAUGCCAUGCAGUGUUUUGUGAUCCGAGCUGGCAGUGCAGCAGCUCUCAUUGCCAAGUGUAGCAUUGAGAACAUACACAAAU